AUGGAUGAAGGGCAGGUUUUCUCCAAGAUUUUCAGCCAUGAGGCUCUGGAGAGCUACCUGCCCAAGAUCCAGCUGGUGAUCAAGGACACGCUGCGGGCGUGGAGCAGCGAGCCCGAGCCCAUCAACGUGUACCACGAGGCGCAGAAGCUGACGUUCCGCAUGGCCAUCCGCGUCCUGCUGGGCUUCCGCAUCCCCGACGAGGAGCUCGGGCGCCUCUUCGAGGUCUACCAGCAGUUCGUGGAGAACGUCUUCUCCCUGCCCGUGGACCUGCCCUUCAGCGGCUACAGGAGGGGAAUCCGGGCCCGGGAGACGCUGCAGAAGGGGCUGGAAAAAGCCAUCCAGGAGAAGCUGCAGAACACGCAGGGCAAGGACUAUGCUGACGCCCUGGACAUCCUGAUAGAGAGCGGGAAGGAGCACGGCAAGGAGCUGACCAUGCAGGAGCUGAAGGACGGCACCCUGGAGCUCAUCUUCGCCGCCUACGCCACCACGGCCAGCGCCAGCACCUCCCUGAUCAUGCAGCUCCUCAAACACCCGCGGGUGCUGGAGAAGCUGCGGGAGGAGCUGCGGAGCAAAGGGAUCCUGCACAACGGCUGCAUCUGCGAGGGCUCCCUGCGCCUCGACAACAUCAACGGCCUGCAGUACCUGGACUGCGUCAUCAAGGAGGUUCUGCGGCUCUUCACGCCCAUCUCCGGGGGCUACCGGACGGUGCUGCAGACCUUCGAGCUGGAUGGCUUCCAAAUCCCCAAGGGCUGGAGCGUGAUGUACAGCAUCCGGGACACCCACGACACCGCUCCCGUCUUCAAGGACGUGGACGUCUUCGACCCCGACCGCUUCGGGCAGGGCCGGAGCGAAGACAAGGAGGGCAGGUUCCACUACCUCCCCUUCGGAGGAGGCGUACGGACCUGUCUGGGCAAGCACCUGGCCAAGCUCUUCCUCAAGGCCCUGGCCAUCGAGCUGGCCAGCACCAGCCGCUUCGAGCUCGCCACCAGGACUUUCCCCAAAAUCACCCUGGUGCCCGUGGUCCACCCGGUUGACGGACUCAAGGUCAAGUUCUUCGGACUGGAUUCCAACCAGAACGAGAUCCUGACGGGCACAGACGCCAUGCUGGGGGCCACCGUGUAAAGCCCGCGCCGCCGGUGGCACCAGGGACGGGCG